AUGGAUUGGCAGUACAAGUACAGAAGAAAAAAGUGCACUAGGAUAGUUUCACACUGGUGUGCCAAUAUUAUAUGCCUUCUUUUUCCAGAUGGUGUUAGAUCUGGAAGCUACAGGCAGCUGUUCCAUCCAGAGCAACUCAUACCAGGCAAAGAAGAUGCUGCAAAUAAUUAUGCUCGUGGGCACUACACAGUUGGUAAAGAGUUAAUAGAUCAAACGCUCGACAGGAUACGAAAGGAUAUCUGCAACCGAAAUCUGGAUAUUGAGCGACCCACUUAUACUAACUUGAACAGAUUAAUUGCCCAGAUUGUUUCUUCCAUCACAGCCUCUUUAAGGUUUGAUGGGGCAUUGAAUGUGGACUUGACAGAGUUUCAGACAAACUUGGUGCCUUAUCCUCGAAUCCACUUCCCACUGGUCACUUAUUCACCCAUAAUAUCAGCAGAGAAGGCUUAUCAUGAGCAAUUAUCCGUGCCAGAGAUCACCAAUGCUUGCUUUGAAUUUUCAAAUCAGAUGGUGAGAUCUGUUCAAUUUGUAGACUGGUGUCCUACUGGAUUUAAAGUGGGAAUAAACUACCAGCCUCCUACUGUAGUUCCGGGAGGAGACCUGGCAAGGCUAGAUCACAAAUUUGAUCUCAUGUAUUCUAAGAGAGCAUUUGUACACUGGUAUGUGGGAGAGGGCAUGGAGGAAGGGGAGUUCUCUGAAGCAAGGGAGGAUAUGGCAGCUCUAGAAAAAGAUUAUGAAGAAGUGGGAACAGACUCUGGUGAUGGUGGAGAUGAAGAGGAAGAAGAAUAUUAA